CUAGGAAGGGUUUAGUUCUGACGCGGCUCAGGUGAAGGAGCGACUCCGAUCCACUGAGCUGAGAGCUGUUUGAUCCAGAAAAUGACUGCUUUUCACUCGGUUAUCUCCCCUUGAGCGACUGGGACGUUUUCCCGGACAUGAAGGAAUUAUUUUGCGCCACAGUUUAGAUUUUUUAAGCGAAGCGAAUGAAGAGAAGAUGAACCCAGGCAUGGAUAAGCCACCUAUUGCUCCUAAGCCGAAGUUCAUUUCCCACCAGAGGCCUGUCCGGUCUCCUUUAGUCCCUAGAAGAGACGGCCUCUCGCGUCUCUCACCUGGCACACCAAAGAAGGUUAAACCAGCAAUUGCUCCAAAGCCAAUCUUGUCUAAAUUCCCAACUCCUUUAGAAUCCAGGCCCCCGAUUCUGAAGCAGCAAAAACCCCCCAAUGGAUUUUCCCAAAACAAAAAGCCUGAAUGGGAUUAUAUCAUUCCUAUUUGCCUGUGUGCUCAAGAAAACUGCACAUGCAUGAACAAGACGAAGCUCGAGCAGAGAGAAAAAGACUUUGAAGCACCACAACGUAGCAAAAUGGUAGAGAACAAAAACACUCCUCCUAUACCUAAGGAUAACAUCCAAGUGAUGAACAACACUUCAAAUAAUGGUCGUAUCAUUAAUUAUGAAAAGUUUAAUAAGACCCAAAGCCACAAAACAGACUCUGACACCGUUAGUGAUGAAAAGCCUGUUGGGCCAUCUCAGAGAACAUUGGGGCAAGAUGUACCUGGAACAGGACAACAGGGUGUUAGCCUUGGCUCAGAGCGAACCAGUGUGCAACCACCCAAACGUCCCCCACCAGGCCUUAGGAAGCCUCACCCUGUCCCUGUUCCAAGGAAACCCAGGACUAAUGCACCAUUCAGUCAGGAAAAGGUGGAGAGGGAUAGGGAUGAAACUGCCAUCCAGGAAAGCAUGGAAGUAAGUCUGCAGGAGGUGGAGAUGUCAUCAGAUGGAAAGGGAUGGUCAUCCCCAUCUGUCAGCAUACCUGUUAAUAACAAUAGAGCGGUUAUUCAGUCUGCAAGGCAGGCCUGUCCACCACCGGUCCCUCCUUCCAGAAAAAAACCUUUAUCUAACCCCUUAAAACCCCCUUUGUCUACUACACCAGCUCCAUCUGAGGACAUGGACUCUGAAGAUUUAGGUAGGAGCAACAGCAUCCAUGAGAUGGAGUUAUGUGUGGAUAGUGGCAUGGAAGUGUUGCCGAAGAAGGUUGUGGAUAAUCAGGAAGACAGGGAUCAGCUGCCUUUGGACACUACACUUAAUCCACCUAUACCCAAGGAUGUUCCAAAGAUGUUUGUGAAAGCAGAGGACAGAGGGAUUAAAAACAAAACGCCAAGGAAACUUCUGAGAAACAACAGCACAUUGGGAUUCCAUGAGGAUAAAGGCUUGAAGAAACUGGAAAACUUUGAAGCAAGGCAAGCCAAUAUAGUCAAAGAUGGGAAAUCGAAGGAACUGAUGAAAAGGGAGCUGCCUUUGCCUCCUCACCUGAAAUCAGACAAUAAACCUGCAAAACCUGAAAGCCUCAACCCUUCUCGUACUAGCCUCAACAAAAAGAAAUCCAAAUCCUUUUCUUCUGCGGACCUCAUUCACUCUGACGGACAGAAGGGAAAAGCCUUCAGGAAAAUCUUAGAACUGAAGCUCCACAAAAAGACAUUACAGAAGAAGACGACAAAAUCAGGCCAGACUUCUGAAACCACUGCGAAUUAUUCCAUAUCACAUCCUCACAGGGAAGAGUUUACUCACCCCAGCAGUCCAGACCAUAUGGGUAUUGAUGAUAACAUCCGUUUUUCCCAAGCUGGUGUUGAACAGAGCGUUGACGGAGAUGAGAUUUACCAGGAACCCCCGCAGUCUCCCAUCUAUCACACUAUUCCCCUUCAUUUUGAUAGUCCGGAUUAUGAAAACAUAGAUUUUGGAAAGCCCGUCUCUCCUUAUCCGGUUUUCGACCCAGAGGGGUGGCAGAGCCCUCAGAAUGAUGAUGAAGGGAUUUAUGAAGAGCAUGACCCUUAUUUCUCCUUGGUUAAAGAGCAACAGCAUCUGACACCAACAGGAUAUAAAAGAAAUUUAGCGGACGAGGAGUACAUUUUUAACAAUGAGACUCUCUCUGACGAUGAGUUUGAUGUCAACUCGUCAGAUGAAGAUGACAGCAGCUUCAACUCAUGUAAAGAAGACUUUGAGCAUCCAGAGAUUGGGCUGGAGAAUGGAAAACAGAAAACUAAGAUAGAACACAUCGCCACAGAAAUCAUGACCUCAGAGAGUGUUUUUGUUGAUGUCCUGAAGCUGCUACAUGUUGACUUCCGUGAAGCAGUGCAAAAAGCAUCUCAGCAGAACGGCAAGCCUGUGAUUGAGGAGCGUAUCCUCAAUCAGAUCUUGUACUCCCUCCCUCAGCUCUAUGAACUCAACCAAGACCUGCUUAAAGAGCUGGAGCAGAAAGUUGCUCACUGGGAUGAGAGUUCCCAGGUGGCUGACCUGUUCCUGAAGAAAGGGCAUUAUUUAAAGAUGUACUCCACAUACAUCCGCGAGUUCAACAAGAAUGUGAACCUACUGGAGGAGCAGACUAAGAAGAACUCUGCGUUUGCCGCUGUUGUCAGAGAAUUCGAGACGAGUCCACGUUGUGCUAACUUGGCUAUAAAACAUUAUCUGCUGAAGCCAGUCCAGCGAAUUCCUCAGUAUCAGCUGCUGCUCACAGACUACCUGAAGAAUCUGUCAGAAGACUCAGAUGACUACAAAGACACUGAAGCUGCCCUCGCUCUUUUGAAAGAGGUGGCCACUCACGCCAAUGACAUCAUGAAGCAUGGGGAUAACUUAGAGAAGCUGAUCCAGGUGCAAAAUCGUCUGAGCGGCCACCACGUCAUCAUCCAACCAGGAAGGGUCUUUAUCAAAGAGGGUUUCCUGAUGAAGUUGUCCCGGAAGGUCAUGCAGCCCAGAAUGUUCUUUCUGCUUAGCGACGUGCUGCUCUACACCACCCCUGUUCAGUCAGGCCAGUUCAAGCUGAAAAACAUGCUGUCUCUGUCCGGGAUGAAGGUUAGCAAACCCAGUCAAGAGGCCUAUCAGAAUGAGCUGAACAUAGAAAGUGUGGAGCGCUCCUUUAUUCUGUCUGCCAGUUCGGCUGCAGAGCGGGAUGAAUGGCUUACAACAAUUUCCUCGGCUAUCAGCGAAUAUACGAAAAGGAAAAUAAGUUUUAUGUCCACCAACACUCCAGCUCAGGGAAGAACAUCUCCUGGGGGACAUUUGGCCGAUCAAGUUGAUGGAGAGCCGUUGGGAUCUAAAGCCCCCAUUUGGAUUCCGGACCUACGGACAACCAUGUGCAUGAUCUGCACCUGCGACUUCACCCUGACGUGGAGGAGACACCACUGCCGUGCAUGUGGAAAGGUGGUUUGCCAGUCUUGUUCCUCCAAUAAACACUGUCUUGCAUAUCUAAAGAACCAGUCAGCACGAGUGUGUGACCAGUGUUUCCUCAUUCUUCAGCAACAGAAAAGUGACGUGGUCUCAAGCGCAGCAAUGACACCUGGAAGCAGGGCGACCAUCGCGUUUUCCAGGAAGCAGAAGAAGAUCCCGGCUGCACUUAAAGAGGUGUCAGCAAACACAGACGAUUCAUCCAUGAGCGGUUAUCUGCACAGGUCAAAGCACAAUAAAAAGCAUUGGAAGAGGCUGUGGUUUGUCAUUAAAGACAAAGUGCUGUACACUUAUGCAGCCAGUGAGGAUGUUGCAGCCUCAGAGAGUCAGCCCCUGCUGGGCUUCGUUUUAAAAGUCGAUUCCUCAGAGAAGCAGCAGUUUAAGCUAUACCACAAAAACACGCUCUACUACAUUUUCAGGGCAGACGACGCUCAAACGGCCCAAAGAUGGAUCGACUCGUUCAGAGAGGCAAUUGUAUUGUAACAUCUGAUGGGGAUUUCGAUGGUUUUUUUAACGUUUUUUUUUUAAAUAUAUAUAUAUAUAUACCUCAGAGCUCCAUAGAAAAAUGCAAAACAACUGUCGUCAUACACAUUUUUAUUUUUUACUUUAUUUUUAGGAUGCUAGAUUUUUCCAUUUUUGUACAUUUAAUUCACCUUUUAACUCCAAAAAAGUAAUCGUUCAAAAUUUGCAGGCUUUUGUCUUGGAUCUUCAUAUAUUAGUUAAUUAUAGUUACAAAUUCACAUUAAAUUCACAAAAAUUCAAAUGAUAAGUGAUUGGCAUCUAAGUUCUAGUUUUUGUUGUUCUAUAGCACCAUGCUGCCACACUAUCAGUAGAAAACCACAGAGGCUGCACUUUUGGUCUAACGCAUGAAGGCACUGUAUAAAAAUAACUUCACUGUAAUAUAUUUUGCACUUAAGUGGAUGUACAUAUGGAAUCUUACCUGUAAACUGUGAAAUAUCAUUUGACUGUGAAGCAAAUAUAGUCAAAUGUCUGCAGAUA